AUGCCCAAAGGCUUCUCCGGACCCACCGCUUCUGCCGGACCAGGGGCUGCCGGACCAGGGGCUGCCGGUUCUAACCCCGCCGGUCCUAACCCGGCGGGGCAUGGGGCUGACUCCAGUCCCAGCGGCGACGGCAAUGGCACCCCAACCUUCGGCCCAGCCGAGGCCGCCGACCCCGCUACGUACAUUUCGACAGGCGUCCCACUCCUCGAACACCUGCGCCAAAUGGCCAGUUCCUUCGAAAGCUUCGAUGACUUCCUGGACGAAGAUGAAGACUCGCAAGAUGACGCCACGGGCACUCGCCGACCCGGAACAACCGACCGACCCAACACUGACACACGACCCGCCGCCGUCGUCUCCAAAAGCACCGAUCCCUUUGCCGAAGCCCAACGAGAUAGCCGCUACCAAGGGCCACCCGUAGUCGUCGGAUCCGCCGCCCUACCCGGCGCCGAUCAAACGACGUCCGCCUUCCUACCAACCGGCUUCCAACCAUCCGGCUUCCAAACCUCCGGCUUCCAAACCUCCGGCUUCCAACCGUCUGGUUUCCCGCCCCCCCCUGCUUCCCCCAUGAACUACAUCUCGCCCCAACAGGCCUGGGAACAACAGCGAGGGCGCUCUGCAUUCGAGCCACGACAGAGUCCUUUGGCGGAGCUCGCUCGGAAGUACAAAGAAUCGGCCUUCGCACAACGUGCCACUGAGAUUGCGGAAAGGUCGCCAGACACAACACAGCAAGAGCGACUGGAUCAGUGCUCCGUCUUAGAGCCGGUCGACUCAAUCAGUGCCCCGUCCCAGACCCCCAGUACUGCAGCCGACCCCCACAGCGGUCCGCCGGAGUCUCAUCCGGCUGUUCCAAGCGUUUCCGUAUCUCCAGGCGGCGACCCGGCUGAUUCUGUUGACGAUUCCGCUGCUCCAACCGCCGAUCCGGCGGCUGCAGCGGAUCCGGCUGUUCGAGUCGCCGAUCUGGCGGCUGUGGACAUCCCAGAGGGCGACCGCAAAGGCUAUGUUGUGGUGGACCAGGCGGAGGUGGCCGACGAGCACAAUACGCCUUCGACUCAGGACGGGGAAGACUGGACCGGAGAGCCGGCUACGGAACCCCCGGCAGGGGGGCGCAAGUUGGACGACCCGGAGACGAGAGUGGAUUAUCUAGAGUCGAGAGUGGAAGACCCGGAGUCGAAAGUCGGUGACCUGGAGAUAAGUGUACUUAAUUGCCAUGUAUCGGAGGGUCCUGGCCUGGUGCCGGACAAGUUGGGAGUUGGUAGAGCGGCUCCGAAUUGCAACGAGGACCGUGGCAGUGCGGAAUCAAGUGGCCGAGACGACAGCGUGAGCCGGGAGAGUGUGAGCCGGGAGAGUGUGAGCCAAGAGGGGGAGGAGGGAGAGAGUCGUGUAGGUGAGGGGUCUUCUGGCGGUCGAUCGUGGGUGGGAGGUCAGCGUCUAUGUCCGUUAACUGUGUUCACAUAUCGUUUAUUACGACCGCACUAUGUGAUCGAGUACCCAUUGUGGAGCGGUGACGCGAUGCCAGUGUGUGGAUGUAGUUACAACUGUACAUGUGAACAGGAGGUGCCGGAGGUAAUGGAGCACCUGAUUCGGUCGUUGGUGGAUUAUUUGGCGAGUGAGGAGGAGGUGCGUCGAAUGUUGCUCGGCUCGCCAUUUUUGUUGCCUGAGCAUGCAGCGCCUGUGCUUUUCAAUGCGCACCGUCUGUUGCUGGCUCGUUAUCUGAAGUUCAACGGCUGCGACGUCGAGCUCGCGGCACAACUGUUGGUCGACACGUGCCGGUGGUUGGCGACGGAGGCUUACUACGCUCUGUCAUUCAACUACAUGGCUGGCUUGCUUUCCAAAGGCUGUGUUUACCUGGCAGGUUAUGCACUGGACAAGACCCCCGUGCUUUACCUGGACGUCCGGCUCUCUAGCAACUGUUUCUCCCAAAUAAGCACCGAAGCAGGUAGCGACGGGGUGCUGAUGGGAGCCGAUGUGGGGCGCAAUCUGCGACUGGUAAUGUCCUACUGGUUAUUCUUUUAUUUCGAGUACCUCUGGAUGCCGAGUUUUCGAGACAAAACACUUACAGUGGUCCUGAAUUGUAAGGGCGCGGAAUCGGGAUCCAUUGACUGGGUAUUAGAGAACCUGUCGACAGUACUGAUCUACUUCGCAGUACAGCCACAUCGGAUUGUCUUGUUUAAUUCACCCCCGCACACAUUGACAGUGUUAGCACCGCACGAAAAAGCAGCGUCCUCCUCCACAGGAGCGAUCAGUUGCGCCCCCUCAGUUCUGAAGAAUAUUGGACGACUAUCCCAUUCACUCAGCAUGUUUGUGGACCCGCAGCAAUGUGAAGUAACGUACGGUGGCGUGCAACCGCCUGUGCAUAACUUCUACAAACCCGCCAUCUUUCGCACCGAAGCCGAAGCACGCGCAAGCAAAAUGCUUGUUCCGGUCGCUGGUGUCUUGUGUCGCGGUGAACCCGUUCCUUCUCUCCCGUUCGCCACAACGCCUUAUGGAUCGCCGCUCGCCGGUUCGUUGGGAACAGAUUCGUCGGGAACAGAUUCGUUGGUUGGAACAGAUUCGUUGGUUGGAACAGGUUCGUUCGGAACAGAGAGAAGGUUCGGAACAGAGAGAAGGUUCGGAACAGACAGAAGGUUCGGAACAGAGAGAAGGUUCGGAACAGAGAGAAGGUUCGGAACAGGUUCGUUUGGGUCCGGGGGAGUUGGCCCGAGCAUGAACAGUACGAUGAUGAACAUAGGGACGAGUACAGUAAUGAACGCAGUGACGUCGGUGCAGAGAGAGAAGGGGUUGUAUGUCGAUUUGGCACGCGCUCUUAGUGUGUGCGAACUGGCUCCACGCGAGGCGGAUCCGAAGGCAGUUUUAUUAGCUUGGAUGUCUAAGAUACUGGAGCAUGAUUUGGUUAAUUCAAUUGAUUCUAAGGCAUUGUCGGUACCGCUGGUACAGUCACGAAGUGUAUAUCUCUGCGGCCAAGACCGUGCUGGAAACGCAUGUCUAUGUGUGAGACUGAAGGCAUUGUUACAAACCCGUGCCGCGGAAGAUGACCGACGCAUACAAGAACAGAUAAAGGAGUACUUAUCAGCACUCAUAGUCUGGGCCUGUCGAUUUGCCGCACCUCGAGUCAAUUUACUCAUAGAUGUUAUCGAUGUAUCCAUCAUGUCUCUAGCACCUAAACUUUACCCACUAUUGUCACACAUACAAACCCUGUGGUCACACUCCAUACAUCAAGUGUACGUCUUCAAUUCAAGCUUCCCCCAACGAAGGAGUCUAGACGCCAUGAAAGCCGCUCUCAAAAAACCAUUUCGUUCUAAAAUCACCUACGUCACCUCCGAUAUAAGGCAUCUCAUCUCCGUCAAUUCAAGAGAACGAGCAUUCGGAGGACGCUGGAAUGGCAGUAGCAGAAUCGACCCACAACUUGUACCCGUGGCCUUCUUUCCCAGACCCUCGCAUUAA